AUGGAUCUGGAAUUAGGAGAUAGGGUAGUGCUACGCAGCCUGGCAGGAACUGUACGGUUUAUAGGCGAGACGCAGUUUGCAGCGGGGAUUUGGAUCGGUGUUGAGUUAGAUGAACCCUUAGGGAAGAACGAUGGUAGCGUCAAGGGAGUCAGGUACUUUGAACUCAGUGAGGGUAGAAAAGGUCGGAUGUAUGGUAUAUUCAGUAGAAGAGAGGGUAUCUAUAAAAAUUCUGCACCGAACUCGCAACAAUUUCAGGAUCCUGAUACUACGAAUUCUAACUCAUCAGAUCCCGAACGAUUGAAAAAGAUCAUUGGAAGAUUGGAAGUUAAACUCAAGUCAGUUAAUGACAAAUGUAUUUCGUUUGAAAAGGAGCUGGGAUUGAGAUCAAAAGAGCUUGAAAAAGUGCAAUUUCUCGAGGAACAAUUGGAGAAAUUAACUUUAGGACGAGAUGAGGCAGAGCAACGCAAUGAUUCACUGAUAUUUGAAUUAGAAAGCUUGACCAUUGCUCAUGAAAGUGCUUUGAAGGAGCUUAAUGAUUAUAAAGAAGAAAUUUUAAUAAGAAGAAAAGCAGACGUUGAUGUCAACACUGAUCAGAUAGAAUCAGUAGAAUCAGAUGCCCUUAUCAAGCAAAACAGAUUAUUAACGGUUGCACUACAAAAGCUGCAAUCAGACCUAACAGAAAUACAGAAACAAUGCAACGGUUUGAAAAAUAGUAAUGAAGAACUGCAAACCCAGGCAGAGACAUAUUUGCGAACAAUAUCAGCCUUAGAGAGUAAACUAUUUGAAACAACAAAAACAUUAGAUGAAUUGAAACAGCACUUCAGUGCGAAUAGUAAUUCUAAUAACAUCAUUGAAUCUCUUACUACAGAAAACCAUCAAUUAAGUACGGAGCUUGAUUGUCUUAAGUCAGAGUUACUCAAGUUGAAACAAACUCAAUUGGCAGAUGAAGAACUAGAAGCACUUUAUAAAGAGGUCGAAUCGGAGCUAAAUUCUCAAAUAGCGAAACUUCAGGAAACUCUCUCUACUGACGAGAGCAUAAUUAACGCAUUGAAGGAAAACAACAAAACCUUAAAGAAUGAAUUACAAUCACUGCAAAAUAAAUCGGGGCAAUAUUCUCAAGAAAUGUCACCAGAAGUUGAAGAAUUACAAGCAGAACUUACUUCGUUACAAUUAAGGAAUAAUGAGCUUCAAUUCCAGAACGAGGUAUCUUCUGCAAAGCUUAGCCAUCUGAAAGUGGAUAACAAAGUGGAGCUACUUUCUCAAAUUAAAAUCAUAUACCUGAGAGACCAACUUCUUAGCCAAGACGCUGUGAGUAUAUGCACAUCUCAACUAAUUUUAUUCAUAUAUUAUGCGAUGAUUAAAUAUGAUGCUGGUGUGACAUAUUUGAAAGAAAAGAUCAAUUUGGACUUAUUAUUGGAAUCAGUAAAAAAUAGUCAUCCAAUCAAGGUUCAAUUAUCUCUAUUAGAAAAUGCAGACAUCACUUUAUCGGAUCCUAGGGUUCUAUUUACGGCUAUUCAAAUGUUUCUUGAAGCGUCGGUGGAAAGACUUUUGUCCGAUACUGAACACUUGUCAAAGGAAUCUGAUCAGCAGCGAAUAAGAAGCCUGUAUAACACUUUCCAUACGAUUAACACCUUCGUCACCACGAAAUUGGAAGAGCUUUAUGAAUUUAAUGGAACCUUAAAGUCUGAUGUGAAUUUAUUCUCGAUUUAUGUUCACUUUGCAACGUCAGUCCUAUCCCUACAGGAAAAACCAAAUGAGUUGUCAGUGUGUUUAGAGGAAAUUAAACAAAUUCCUGUCGACAUGUUGGAAAACAAGGAAAGAAACACUUCAGUUGAAAAGAAUGUGAUACAAUCCCAAGCUCAGGUUGAAGUUCUCCAACAGACGAUAUCUGAAAAAGAUCAAAUCAUCCAGGACUUAAUCCUCAAAAUUGAAGUUCUUGAGUCGAAAUAUGCCAGGAAUAAGGAAAUGGAAGGUUCCUUAUCCAGCUUGAAAAAUGAGCUAUUAGAAGUGAAAUCAAGAAACUCUAGCCUUCAGGAUGAAUUGGUGAACAUGGAGGCGGAGUACCAGCAGUAUCGCAACAAUAGAGAACAAGAAAUAAAGAACGCCAAUAAUUUAUUUCAUACAAAGGCAUUAAACAAUAUCCAAUCGCUUAGAGAAAACAAUGAUAAAUUAUCAUUGAUCGCUGAAAUCUCAGAUUUACAGAGGAUUAUUCUUCGAAAAGAACAAGAAUCUCGCCUCAAAUUGUCCAUACCAUUGUUUGAUACUCAUCGAAAACAGUUUUCCAGUAGAAACAUGUUCAAUGAUUUCAACAAUAUGGCAAAUAUCUUAUCGACGUGCAUUGAGUUAGCAGACCCUAUCAUCUCUAAUGAGUUUACCUCCAUUAGGAAGCACAGGCUCGCAAAAUUGAAAGAAACUCAUGAAUUAUGUGUGACAUAUACAUACGAAAUGCUCAAAGGUGAGUAUUAA